AGGGAAAGGCGGGCGCAGGAAGGAGACGGGGAGCCAGACGGGAAAAAGCCGAAGGAGAGGAGGCGGAGGCGGUGGCGGAACCGAGAUUUCCCCGGCGCCAUGGAGAAGGUGAAUGAACUGAAGGAGAAAGGCAACAAGGCCCUCAGCUCUGGCAACACCGCUGAAGCCAUCAAGCACUACUCCGAGGCCAUCCGGUUGGACUCGGCCAACCACGUGCUGUACAGCAACCGCUCGGCUGCUUACGCCAAAAAGGGGGAGUACCACAAGGCCCUGGAAGACGCUUGCAAGACCAUCGAGCUGAAGCCGGAAUGGGGCAAGGGCUAUUCCCGAAAAGCAGCCGCCUUGGAAUUCCUGAACCGCUUUGAGGAAGCGAAGAAGACGUACGCGGAAGGGCUGAAACACGAGCCGGGCAAUGCCCAGUUGAAGGAAGGCCUGCAAAACAUGGAGUCCAGGCUGGCAG